AAUUACCAUAUCCCUAAACUUACCUUAUUAUCAUCCUCUAUACCGAAUCCUUAAAUACAAACAUGAAUCGCAAAUUGUUCUCAAUUAUUCUGCUCUUUUGUAUUCUGGCGCAAACUAUCGAUGCUCAUCGUCAUCGUCAUCAUCAUCAUUAUUUUAACAAUCGUUGCACUGUUACUGAAACUAGUUCUGAAACCGCAACCGUUACCCAAUGCAGUGAAUCACAAACACCCACACCCACCCCCACCCCCGCUCGCAAACGUCACUAUAAUCAUCACGAUAAUCACCAUCACUGUAAUCAUCACGAUAAUCACCAUCACUAUAAUCAUCAUCACCAUAAUCACGAAUGUAACCAUCAUAAACCAACGAAAACUGUAACUAUUACACCAACCGUUACAGUUUGCCCAGACUGCUGUGAACGUGGUGGUACUGGAUUCCAGAAUCGGGUUAGACCUGGUGGUAAUGCAGUCCUUACAAAUGAUACAACACCGGAAGGUUGUUGUAGAUCAUGUUUGGCUGAUCCAGGUUGCGCACAAUGGGCAUUUGCAAUAGGUGGUGUUUGUUCACACAAUAAGGGAACCACAUGUGUUUCGCCAACUUUGAUUACUUUCAAUGAUAGUGGCAUUAUUCGUUGCACUGGUGAGGGUUGCUUAGCUGGUGAAGCUGUUCAAUUAACUCAAAUUAAUAGUGAUGCAGGUGCAGGAACAUUCCCUAUUAAAGACUAAUUUAGCUAUGAUUUUUUCAACACAAUUCUUGCAUUUGUACAAUUCUGAUCUUACAUUAAUAUUUAGUGAUAUAUUUUAUAGAAAUAAUGCUCACUUAUUUGAUUAUGUGUCAUUAAUUGUUCUUUAUCGCAUG